CCUCCCCCCCCAUCUUCCCUAAAAUUUUCCCAUGCUUCUCUCUCUUGGCGACACCCACUGAACGACGAUAGCCACUUCCGCCCACCACCUCCACUGAACGCUACCUACGUCACACCACCGGUGGCGACCCCUCCGCCUCCGCCCACGCCCACGCCCACGCCCACCCACUGCACCAGGUCGGAGACGCCCACCCACCACAGCGACACAUCUGCGACUCCGGCGACGCCGCCCACCACCACGAAGGUCGAAUGCCAACCAUCCGGCCUAUCUGAUUUUUCUUGGGUAUUUUUUUUCAUGGAUUCUAUUUUGAUUAUAAGGAGAGAUAUGGAAAUGGUUGUGGGAAAGUUUCAAUCUUUUUCAAUUUUAUGUAGUUUUUUGGUUGGUGGUGAUGGGUAAUAAGAGCAAUGGUUCACUCUAUACUGUGAUUAAGUUGGUGGAUGCUUCUUAAAUUAUUUCGGUGGCACGCUUCCCAUGUCUAAUUAGCUGAGAGUUUAAGACGACGUCGUUGACGUCUAUUCUUUCUUCCCUAAAUGAUAAGAGAAGCCAUUGGUUCACUGUUGCACCGCUGCUCAAAAAUCAAGGCGUUCCGACACGGUCUUCCCCUUCAUGCUGCCGCCCUGAAAACAGGCUUCGAAUCAGAUAUCAUCAUCGCCAACCACACCCUCAACAUGUAUGCCAAGUGUGGCAGCAUUACUUCAGCCCGCCGUGUGUUUGAUGAAAUGUCUGAAAGAAACCUUGUCUCCUGGUCUGCUAUGAUUUCCGGCUGUGACCAGGUCGGAGAGCAUACAAUAGCACUGGACCUAUUUUCUAAAAUGCGGCUUGUGCCCAACGAAUACAUUUUCGCCAGUGUUAUCAGUGCAUGUGCCAGCCUCGUUGCACUGUUAGAGGGGCAGCAAAUUCAUGCUCAAUCACUGAAGUCUGGCUAUGCAUAUGCCUCAUAUGUUUCUAACUCGCUUAUCUCCAUGUACAUGAAAUGUGGUCGAUGUAGUGAUGCCUUGUCAGUCUAUAAUAGUACAUCAGAACCAAAUUCUGUCUCAUAUAAUGCUCUCAUUGCUGGGUUUGUAGAAAAUCAGCUGCUUGAAAAAGGGUUUGAAGUGUUCAAACUUAUGCUCCAACAGGGUUUUGUGCCAGAUCGUUUUUCUUUCGUGGAAGCCUUGGAGAUUUGCACUGAUUCGGAUGAUCUGCUAACAGGAACAGUAUUGCAUGCACAAACAAUCAAGCUUGAACUUGACUCUAUGCCUUUUAUUGGCAAUGUAAUAAUAUCAAUGUACUCGAGAUUCAAUUUGAUAAAUGAAGCGGAGAAAGUCUUCAGAUUAAUUAAAGAGAAAGAUGUCAUUUCAUGGAACACCUUUAUAGCUGCCUGUUCUCAUUGUGUUAAUCACGCAAAAGGGUUAAGUGUUUUCAAAGAAAUGGCAAAUGGUUAUGGUGUAAGGCCUGAUGACUUCACUUUUGCCAGUGUACUUGCUGCCUGUGCUGGUCUUGCUUCAAUUCGUCAUGGCAAGCAGAUUCAUGCUAAUCUAAUCAGAACAAUGUUAUAUCUAGAUGUGGGAGUUGGUAAUGCUCUAGUGAACAUGUACGCGAAAUGUGGUUCGGUCGAAUAUGCAUAUAAUGUAUUUAACAAAAUGCGCUGUCACAAUACCUUUUCAUGGAACACAAUGAUUGCUGGAUUUGCGAAUCAUGGGCUUGGAGGACGAGCAAUAGACCUUUUUGAGGAGAUGAAGGCAAUGGGGUUAAAGCCAGAUUCUGUUACGUUCGUUGGACUUUUAAUGGCUUGCAAUCAUGCAGGCCUUGUGGACAAGGGAAAAGUUCUUUUUAAUUUAAUGGAAGAAACUUAUGGGAUUACUCCUAAUAUACAACAUUUCUCAUGUCUUAUCGAUAUGUUGGGACGGGCUGGGAGAUUAACUGAGGCAGAAGAGUACAUAAAAAAAUUUCCUUUUGGGCAUGAUCCAGUUGUCUUAGGGAGUUUGCUUUCAGCAUGUCGCCUGCACGGGUAUGUUGUAAUUGGGGAGCGAUAUGUGUGA